CUGUGCAGUGCUGAUUCUUUGCCUUACUACUGGCCAUGCAAUGCCUCAAAUAGCAGGAUCACUUUGUAAUUCAACGAGUCUUCAUGACACUCUCUGUGCGCCAUUGCGCAUUGGUAAGAAAAAAUACUUUAGACAAACGUUUCGUCGCUGCUUAAUACCCCUACGUCCCCCGGCCCCUUCAUACCCCCAUCGUAAUACAAGGAGGGAAAGGCUGUACCCCCCUCCCCUAGCGUUUUCGUUAAGUUACCAUAGUUUCUAACCAUAAUAGAUAGCCUGUUAUGUCGCCUACAAGAUGAUGUUAAUCUUAUAGGAUAUAUAUGCAAAUGAGACUACUGGGGGCCAGUCACGUAAUCCAACAUGACGGAAUUUUUAGAUCUUUGACUUUUUCCACUAUAUGUUUUGUUUUUUCCUUCGAAAUUUUAAACUUUUACUCAGAAAAUACAUUUUAAUAUUUAACAGUUUAGCACGUAAAAGUUUCUUUAAUGCAUCGUUAGUUUGCUUAAAAACUACUUCGGGGCUUAAAAUAGGUUUCUUUAAGCUUAAUUAAGUUGUGAUACAUUUAAAAUUCAACACCACACCUUACUUGCCAUUCAAUAUCUUCUCCAUGUAUGGGCAGAUUUUCACUACAUUCACAGCAAAUAUGCCUCAAAGAUAACAGCAACUGAAAAUCGACAAGUGCCUAAGUACUGUCAUCUAGAUAAAACCCGACAGGGGGCGAUGUAGGCUUUUAUAGAUUGGGCUAGCAUAAUGUUUAGCAUAAUUUGAGAAAACUGGCAAAUUUUUUUAAGACUUAGCAUUGCUAGCAUAAUUCGCAUAUUUUGAUAAUUGUCGGAACAUUUAUGGGUUUCGACAGGCACAUUGAUUCCCAACCCUAACUGUACGCUGACGUUGUUCGAUGGUUUAGCGGUAUUUGUAGUUUACUGAGCCCGGUGCACGGGAACCGGAAAUCACCUGGCAAACCAUGUCUGUCCUAUAGCUAAUACCUCUCAUAGGUAUUAUGCUAUGCCAGCCGAUUUGAGCGAAAACUUACAGCUCUCUCAGAGAAAUGACGGGCCAGAACCAGCCACAAUUGCCAGAGACCGUUAUAUACCAUAGCUAACAAGAAUAAACGAUUUCUGAUUAAAGAAAAUGUAUUUUUGGACUUAUUUGCCAUGGUUUUUGAAGAACACAAUUAAAAAAAAAGUAUCAUAAUUUGAAAAAACGAGCAUGAUAUUAGCAUAAUUUGGCCAAAACAACAGCAGUGCGACUGGCAUAAUAUGCUACUUUUACUAGCACCAUCUAUGAAAGUCUAGUGUGGUGGCGUCCAUCUCUCCCCCUCCCCCUCUCAUGUAUGUCCCAGGAUUGUUUGGCACAUAAGCCAUCCGAAAUUUGACUCUCCACUUUAAUCGAAACCAGCGCGGCAUGGCGCUGCUUCGUUUCGUUACAGAAAUCACCGUUCUGAACAGAAGCCCUCUCCGGUAUGGUUUUUCAUGCCCGUGCAAGGGCUUUCCUGUACAGUGUGAAUAUAGAAUUAGUUGAGUCACCCCAUUCAUUCGCUCAAAUACGUCGGGUUGUUGGCAAGUCAAGACAGAAAGUGAUAAGACAGUGAAAAGUUUUGUUUUCUUCUUUGUUACCUUAGUGUUGCGUGCCAAAGUAUUGCCACUACAGCUAUGGUCGCCCAACAAGAACGGCAUUUAUAGGCUGGAAGUUAGUCAGAUUUUCUCUGCCCCAAAUCAAGGAGUAUCCUCUAUCCCUUGGCCUUACGUUUUUCUUCAAACGCCUUCACCUGCUAUUGCCACCAGGUUGAAUAAGACGCUGGAGCUAGGUGUUGAGUACGUGCUGACCGGUGUUAUCGAUCAAACCGGUAAAGUGAUGAGGAUGAAUAUGUGCUACUGGCACAAAAAAUGGAAGGACAUGUCAACAGACGACAAGAAAGAGUUAUUAGACAAGUCUUGCAACAAAGACAGUGACAAUGAGAACUUACCUUGACAUCGUUUGUGACAGAAAAGUAGAAUUUAGGCAAAUUCGUAGCGGCUGAAGAAAAGAAGUGA